AUGGGUCCUUCUCGUUCAACGUAUUACCUCGAAAAGAUCAUGCCUAAUGCACGAAACGCAACGCAAAGUCUUGAUUUUGAGGCAUUAGAGAGAAGACAAAGCAUCAGUGGCACACCGACUAGACACAUUCCUGCUACUCCGGCGAGUUGUGAUCUACCGGAUCUCAUCGACCAGAGAACAUGUUUAACCGACGCGCUCAACGCAGAAGACCCAUGCCGAGGCAAAGAUCCAAUCUAUCAAAACAAAAGGACGAUUAGAGAAGCGCUUGCUGAUACCUUACCCCGACUGUAUCACUCAAUGAGAAAAGCACUUGGGUUCAUUUGGAAUUUGGUCAAGUUCCAGGUGCAGUGCAGUUUGCUCGUGACUGCAUUCAACCUGGCUGCCGCCUUCCAUCGCGGCGAUGUCAUGGACCUCCAAUGGGUUCCUCACUUCCCAACUUCUCUGGAAUCACUCAAAGAAUUGACAAUCAAUUGGGAAACCCCGGCCAACGGAUACCUCUUGCAUAUCUACAGCUUCUGGUGGGGAUGGAUUCAUGGACUCGGUCGGCUUGUUCUUUGGAAACUACCAAAGGCUUUAGGCAGGGUGCUGUGCAACGUUGCGGUUAAGGGUGUGAUGAUUUCUGGGGAAUAUGUUGGACGAAGUGGCCCGGGGAAGGAUAUUACCGACGCUUGGGGACAUGGCCUGCAUCCGGUGAUGCGAGAGCGCAUGGGUGGGAAGGGCAUAUAG